GUCGUGAAAUCAGUUGCCUCUCCAUCCCACUGAGAGAAGAGACCUCUCUGCUACACCAGCAGCCCCUCUGUCGCACUUUGGGAUUUGUCCGCAUUUUCUGUCAUUCUCCCGGCUUUGUUCGGCAUUUAGAUACAGUAUCUCCUUUAGCAUCGUCGAAAUGGCAACGCGAAUUGACAAAGAGGCUUGCAGAGAAGCAUACAAUCUGGUGAGAGACGACACCUCCGAUAUUUGCUGGGCAUCUUUUAAGUAUGAUGGCUCUACCAUUGUACCAGCUGGUCAUGGAUCCGACUACGAAGAAUUCAAGAGUCAGUGUGCAGAUGACAACCGUCUCUUCGGGUUUGUAAGGAUCACUACGGGUGAUGCCAUGAGCAAGCGUGCCAAAUUCACCCUCAUCACAUGGAUUGGCGAAAACGUCAGCGGACUGCAAAGAGCCAAGAUUAGCACUGACAAGACACUGGUAAAAGACAUCGUGCAGAACUUUGCCAAGGAGUUCAUGAUAAGUGAUCCCAGAGAGCUGGAGGAGGAUUAUCUCCGCAGCGAGCUGAAAAAGGCCGGCGGGGCCAACUACGACGCCCAGGCCGAAUAGAACUUGGGGGCGGGUUUCCAUAGGGUUGGAGGAGAAGGAAAAGGAAAACGUCAUCUCAUACACAUGCACAUACACACAGACAAACAUAAAUAUACAUACCUCACCCCUCUUGCCAGUCUGGUCAUGGUUGAUUUAUCUGUCUACUGUACUGUGCAUCAUCUCAAAGUCGUCUCUGCUAGUGCUAUGAGGUUCUCUUUUUCUUCAGGGGCAUUUUUGUAACUGUAGUUUCUAACGAUGCUCCUUUUGGCUCCGAGUUGUCAUCACUGUGAUCAAUGAAUCAAUGGAGUCUAGCAUUGUUUUCUAAGGGGUUUAUUAUAAAUCUUCAUCUCCCUGCUGAAUACAGACCACUUUGUUUACUGUCUCGAUCUCCCAUGGAGAGGAAGACCUCAUGGAAUGUGUGCAUUUGUGUAUGUGUGCGUUUGCAGACACUGCACUGUGACUGGCUAUCUUGCAUGCAGGGGGAGAAGUCUUAAAGGAUCUCGUAGCUCUGAUUGGCUGUUUCGCACUCUCCACCCAAACAAGCAGUCAUUUUUCUAGAGUAGACUUUUUGGUUUAAAUUUAAAAAUCCCAAGAAUGUCUUUUUUUUUUCUUUUUUUUUUUUUUUAAGAAGUAGGUUUAUUUGCUUUAAAAACACAACCUGUGGUUCAUCCUUUAAAAUAAAAAUGCCUCCCAAGCCAAGAAAAGAAAUAAGAUGGUCACAAAAGCAAUCAUGUCACAAUAAAAUUGUUUUUUUCAAGAUGUUUUGUCCUUGUGUGUUAUAUUUUGCUUUGUUUGUAAUUAAUCUUUGAUAUGGAAGCCCAUUUCUGCCAUGGAUUAAAAAUACAUAUAAUUAAAUAAUA